AUGACUACAAGUUAAAAUCAAAUACUCAAAAUCACAACCAUACGCACACCAUCCAAGUUCCAACCCACAAUAAGAGAGAGAAAAAACCCAAUCCACCCAAAUACACCUUCACCAGGCAUGGACCAUCAUCGCCACCACACCCACCACCACAACCACCACCCUCAUCAAUCUCGGCAACACCAUCCAAUGGAUCCACCACCACCACCAUCAUCAUCAUCAUCAUCAUCAUCCAGGUACUUCCCUCUUCGCCCUCCUCCUCCUCCCCCCUCUUUCCCCGACGAUUACCCUAAUUCUUUUCCACCUCAACGCCACCUUCCUCCUCCUCCUCCGCCGCCGCAACACCAUCAGCACCACCACACUCUCUCUCCUCGUCUUCUUCACCAUCACCAAAAACCCUUUGACGACUUCAAUUUCAUCAAUUCUCCCCCUCACCAUCACCCUCACCACGCUCACCCGCUUCGUCAUAUUGUCGAAGAUGAACUUAUUGAAAAGUUCCGAUCUCCGCCUAAUCGUGUUUAUGAUAAUCAUAGUAUUGAUGUUGAUGUUGAUCGUCAUUCUCGCUUUCGAUUGAAUCAGCUUCCUGCACCACCUCCACCUCCACCACCACCUCCGCAUAAUUCUAGGGUUGGUCCGCCUCUUUCGCCCAUUUCUCAUCGUAUGUCUCCCCCUCAUUUUCUUCAAUUUGAUAGGUUUAGGCGUCAGAUUGAUAGUUCUCCUCCUCCUCCUCAUCCUAGGUUUAGGGAGGAAUUCAAGUUGGAACAGCCUCGGAUGAGGUUGCAUCAUCAUCCUGAUGUUGUUGAGUAUCAGUUUCAUCGUGAUCGGAUUGAUGAUCGCAGGGUUUUGGGGGUUGGGGAUAGAUUGGAGCCUGAUUUUGAUCGUGAUCGUCAUGAGAGAUAUCAUCCGGAGGUGGUGAUGAGGAACGACUUUGAGAUGGAUUCUGUUGCUAGUGAAUGUGUUCGAGGGUCGUUCAAUGAUGAGGUUGUUGUUAGAGGUGGGAGAGAGGAGGGUGUGUUGGAGGAGAAUGUAAAUAUCAAUGUCAGGCGGGGUGGUGUAUCCAGAGAAGUGUCUCGUUCUCCGAUUAAAUUUCGGAGUGGUGGGAUUGAGGUUGAUGAUGGCUUGAGUAAUAGGGGGAGGAAGGAAGAGGUGCAAGAGUAUAAUAAUCGCGGCACUCCUAAGAAGAUUGUGCAAAAGAAGAGUGCCCUCCUAAGGCUACAGCCACCCAAACAACAACAUAGUAGUAGUAGUAAUAGUGGUUUUAGGAAUAGGUUUGAUAAUGCAACUCCUAGUCCCCACAAAGGUAAAGAGUCGAAUUUAGAGUCCCUAGAUCGUAGGAUUAGUGAAGAGAGAGUCAGAAGCCCGGUUGAGCUUGAUGUGUCUUUUAAGUCGAAUGCUUUAGUGGCCAAGAUGGCUGCCUCUUCAUCUUCUGGAGUAGAUUUUAAUGUGAAUAGCGUCGUGAGUGAUUCAGGUACUAAGAUAGAUGGUGAGUCUCCUGAGAAUUAUUCCUUGAUAUCUAAAAAGGAAGAGAAAGAUACCAAGAAUAGAGCUAGAAUGUCUCCUAUUCUGAGAAGACUUGGUACUCAAAACAAUGUAGAGGUAGGUGGUAACCGUUCAGAGACAUCUCCUGUUCGCUCCAGCAGCUUGUCUGGACGUAUUGCUCGUAAGGCAUCUCUAAAAGGGGAAGUAUUAGGUAAGGACGAAAAGAAUGCUGGAUUUAGUAAGGUUUCUUCCUCUCCAGUGCGGAAGAAGAGGAGAGCCAUUAGCCCUCUUCCCGGCCUAUCUAGUCUAGCGCCCACAAAGGCUGACCAUAGGCUUGUAAAUGUGAAAAAUUCAGCCAAUCAUCUAGCACCCACAGAGGCGGACCGUGGGCUUGUGAAUGUGUGCAAUUCUGCCAAUCAUCCAUCUGAUAACUCCAUGCUUUCUGAUUUAUCUGUAAAGCAAUCAGGGAAGGAGAGUGGCAAUAUUAUUGGAUCAACUGACAAUGACAUUUCAGGUACGGGAAAAAUUGAUGUCAAUGGAUCUUUAAUUGUGGUAGGUCAACAGGAAGUUGUUGAUCAUUCUGUUUCUGACGCAUCUGCUCCUGUGAGAAUGAGGGUGAAGAAAAUGUUGGAAUCUCUUUCUGGUUCACUAGGAUUAUUGGGGCCUGGAGUUUCUCAAGAUCACGAAAACACAAAAGGAUAUAUACAAAAUGAUCAAAGAAUCUCAAAUCCAGAUGAGGAUGUAACAAAUUCUGUGGAUAAGUGUAGUUCAGGCACUCACACUGAAAAAGACGGUGUCAAGUAUCAGGACAUAGCUCCUGGGUUGGUAAAUAAUGGUUCUGUGGAAGGAUCCUCAGAGUUAGUGGUGGUACAUAUCAAAGACAAUGUGGAUAGCAAUGACGUUUAUAGUGGAAAGGUGGAUACAUUAAAUUCUGUAGCCGUCUUGAGUUCGGUUCCUGUUAAUGUCUCAAACAAGGAAGAAAAUAUAGAGGAGUUAGCGUGCCCCAUGGUUCAUGCUGAUAGACCUUGUGAAACUCUGGUCUUUUCGUCAUCUGAAAAUGCUACUCUCGGACUGAAUUUGGAUAGGAUUGAUGUGCCUGAGUUAAGGCAUUCUGAGAACUGUGUAAAUUUGGGAAGUUUCUCGAUUGAUGUACCCAAUGACAAAAGCAGAACUUCUGCCGGUCAUAAUGAUGAUGAUGUUACUACGGAUUCAAAAAAUAUAAACAUUGUUUCUGAUGCCAGAGUCACAAACAACAUCCAGGAGCAACAAUGUCAAGGAUCGGACACCAUGCUAGUCAAUGAUGAACAUACACUAGGAAGAGAAGGAUCUUCAAAGAGUUGUAUGUACUUUGGAGGUGUUUUGCCCUUUUCUGUUAAAGAGGGUAGCUCUCUACACAACAUAAAGAGAAAAGCUGAAACUGAGCCAGAAUCUUUAGAUUCAAAAAUAUUUGAAUCUGGUCAUGAGAGUGCUGUGAGCAUAAGCUUUUCUAUUAAGGAAGUAAUGCUUCCUGUAGAGAAACACAGACCUCCAGUUUCAGGGUCAUCAUGCAUCAAAUCAGAUGCUUCUUGUGGAAAUGAAUUCCCUGUAAGUUUUUUAGAGGGUGAGAAUUCCAUGAACCCUAUUCAUGAUUUAGAUUCAAUUGAGUAUCCUUCUACUUGUAGCAAGAAAAGGAAAAUUCUUCCACUGGAAUCAGUUUUGAAUGAUGCAAUAGGAUCUGAGAGCUCUGAUCUACCUGCAUUUUCUGAUGGGGGAUCUGUCAAGCAUUCACCACAUUUAGUAGAGGGAUUUGAUCUAUCUAAGUCUGUAAUUGAUACUACAGAUAGGAUUGGUGGAUCAACUAGCAGUUUGUGUGCAGAAACAAGUACAUUUGCUGACAACUCAAAGUCUGAUCACUUGUGCAAGGAUUCAUGGUUGUCUAUCGUGGAGAGUGUUCCUCGAGUUGCAGAACAGUCUUGUUUUCCAGAAUCGGAGUGCAAUCAGAUUGUAGAUGGAAAUUUGAUGGUGUCUGGAGCCAAGGAUGAAAAUGAGUUAAUUGCGCUGGAAUCAGCAUGUAGGAUGGCAACAAAUGAUAGAAGAGAUGGCUUACAAUGCUUGCCGGUUGAUCACACUGGGGAUGCAGAUCAAGGACCUCUUUCUAUGGAUAUGGAUUGUGAUGAUAAUAUUGCUUGUAAUGCUAUAACAUCUUCUCUGUCUGGUUCGCAGCAGUCGUGUGGUGAGUCUAGCCAUGAUGAAGCAACUAACAUGUUUGAUACACCGUCCAAUGUGGGCUUUCCUGGGGUUCCCUCUCAUUUUUCUCCCACCUUGGCUACAUCUAAUGCUAAUUCGGCAAUUGACUUGGUCUCAGGUGAGAAGCUGAGUACGGAUAACAAAAAAUCAAAUCAACCUUUAGCAACACAGAGUUCGUACACCUCCAAGGCAAAUUUAGCUCCUGAAAAUCAGAAGAAUUCCUCAAAGCUAGGUACCUCAACCUCGUUUGGCGCUCAGCCAUUGACUUUGAAAAGUGUACCAUUGCAAUCAAAGCAUUUAAAUACCAGAAUGUCUAAUUCAAAUUUUAUGAGUAGACAGAGAAGGAAUGUGCUAACUCGUACUGAAGCAAGUCCUUCCACCAGCCACCGCACUAUCAUUCACCCAUCUAGCAAAACACAGACCUAUCCAGCAAAACCUCGAACAUGGCAUCGAACAAAUACCUUGUCAGCUUCAAACAUACCUGUGAAGAAGCCUUCUGUGCGGACUCCUCUUCCACACAGGCCACUUUAUGGGAAGCCCAUGAAGGUUCAGGAUACAUCUUACAUUCGGAAAGGUAACAGUCUUGUGAGAAAUCCUGCUUCUGGUGCAGUUGCCUCAGGGUCUCGUGCUUUUGAUGCAGCUGUUGAUCGGUCAAAGCCAAAUGAGAUGGACAGGAUUGGUAAGAUGGUGGGCUCUGUGAUGAUUGAAUCUGCUGAUUCACCUGAUGGCCUUGUGACAGGAGCGCAAAUCACCCCCAUCGAAAUGCCAAAAACGCCUCCAUUACCCUGCAGUGCUAAGACACCAGAUAAUGAUAUUGCAUACUCUGGAGAAUGUACAUCUUCCUUAUAUGUAGAUCAAUCUGAAGAAACAGACAACGAAGAGGCACUCAAAUCCGCUGAUGCUCCAUUGAGUUCCUUCAGAGAUCCAGAAAGUGUUGUGCAUACAAGGUUGGAGGAUCCUGGUAUAGUCAGUGAUGGAGAUUUGCUAGGCACAACUUCAAAGAGGAUGAUUUACAUAAAGCGCAAAUCAAAUCAAUUGAUCGCAGCUUCAAGGACCUCUCAAUCAUCUGUGUCUAACAUGGACAAGACAUUGGCUUCUUCUUCAGAUAGCAAUUACUACAAGAGACGGAAAAACCAACUCAUUAGAGCUUCUUCUGAAGGUAAUAUCCAACAAAUGGUUGCUGUAAAUGAAGAUAGUUCUAAGUCUCUUUCUCAAAGGGCUCUUCCUGUUUACUCUGGCAGAAGUUCUACUAAACGACUAUCUAAUAAAGCUAAAUCUUCAAAAUUUUCCCUUGUAUGGAAGUUGGGUGAUUCCAAGUCCUGUGUUAAAGGUGUUGAUGCAUUGAGAUCAGGGAGGCUACUGUCCCAUUUGUUGCCAUGGAAAAGAGCUACAUAUUGGAGUCGAAAACUGCUUUCUUCAAGAAAGAGGGGUGCUGUGUAUGUAAGAUCCGGUCGUGGAUUUUCCUUAAGAAGAUCAAAGGUCACAAGUCUUCCUGGAACUAGUCUAAAAUGGUCAAAGUCCAUGGAAAAGCGUUCGAAGAAGGUUGAAGAGGAAGCUGCUCGAGCAAUUGCGGCAAUGGAGUCUUUACAAAAAUCUGGAUCUUCAGGUGUUAGUUCGAAAGCAGAGAGCAUCAUACACUCUUCGCAUAAACCAGUUCACGGCUUGAAGCUCAACUCAGGAGAGAGAAUAUUUCGUAUUGGUGUGUUCCGAUACCGUAUGGAUCCUUCAAGGCGGACACUUCAGAGAAUUACAGAUGAGGAAACGUCAGACUUUACUGCUCCAAAGACGGAAAGAGAUGCCAGAAAAACUUAUGUGCCAAAGAGGCUACUGAUUGGAAGUGAUGAGUAUGUUCGGAUUGGUAACGGGAACCAGCUUGUUAGAGACCCCAAAAGACGCACUCGCAUCUUGGCUAGUGAAAAAGUUCGAUGGAGUUUGCACACUGCUAGGAUGCGAUUAGCCAAAAAACGGAAGUUCUGCCAGUUUUUUACUAGAUUUGGCAAAUGUAACAAGGGAGAAGGAAAAUGUCCAUUUAUUCAUGAUUCAUCAAAAAUAGCGGUCUGCACAAAAUUCUUGAAUGGCUUAUGUGCUGAUCUGAACUGCAAAUUGACUCAUAAGGUUAUUCCUGAAAGAAUGCCAGAUUGUUCAUUUUUUCUGCAAGGCUUAUGCUCCAAUGAGAAAUGUCCUUAUCGGCAUGUGAAUGUGAAUCCAAAAGCGUCUAUUUGUGAGAGCUUUCUCAAAGGCUAUUGUGCUGAAGGGAAUGAGUGCCGGAAGAAGCACAGUUACAUCUGCCCUGAAUUUGAAGCAUCUGGUAGCUGCCCUCAAGGAUCAAAAUGCAAACUUUACCAUCCUAAAAAGGGUAAGGCUAAGAAAAAGAAAGUUCUUAGAGAUCGGAAGAAUGCUAAGGGACGUUAUUUUGGUUCUAGUCUCUCAGUUGCGGAUCCUGAGACAAGACUUGUGCUCGAGAAGCAUGCUGGACCCGAUAAGGGCAGUUUUGUCUCUCAAGGAGAAUGGGGUGAUUUUAUCGAUCUUGAUGUUAGUGAUGAUGAAGCGCGAGAAAAUGGACAGACGAGUGAGCAAACCUUUGCCUUUGAAGAUGACCCUCUUACUUCUCGGUUAGAUGAUCUAGAUGAAUUGAUGAAGCCUCUUCGCCUACUGGGUAGGCUUUAGAAAUAUCCUAAGAUUUAGCAGUCUUCAAAUAUAGUCAUUAACAGCAGUCAUGGACAGGAUAAGGAUUAUGAUGGAUAUGCCAGCCGUAUGUACAUUGAUUGGCAACCCCCUUCCCACCCCUCUUCUUGGAAAGCUUUUUUCUGGGAUGGGAGAAGCUCUUUAGUUUUCUCUCUAUACUUCUUUAUCGUGUACAUCUUGUAAACUUGUAAUGAUAACAAUUAUACCGUGUUACAGAUUUGAUGAAUCAAUUGAUUAGAAUUACAGUAA